GUCAAAAGCUGUGCGUGUAAAUUUUUGUUCUUCAGCAAAAUUUCCAUAAAGACUAUUGGUAGUAUACCACGUUGUUUGAUAUAAUGGCUGAUUUGGACGAUUUUUUCGCUAAAAAGGACCGUAAAAAGUCUAAAACCAAGAAAUUUGCAACGGCAGAGGAAUUGGCUAAGCGCAUAGAGGAUUCGGCAAAGAAAAACACAGAAGUAAAACAGCGAAAGGUGACCCCGAUCGUCGAAGGUAGUGAGCCUAAAAAUCCUGAGCCGGUGGAAGAAGAGUGGAAAGAAUUCGAGGAGGAAAGAAAAGAUUACAGUGGCCUCAAGUUGGCACAAUUGAAUAUUUCGGAAGACGAUCAUAAUCAAACCAACUUUGCAACGGAUGACGGUGGGGCAACCCCUGGUGAAACCGAUGGAGAGAAAAGCACCAUGGAUAGUGCGGAACGAAAAUCAGGAGCCUGGAAAAAGGUAGAAUCAACCGAUACUCCCGAGCAACAACCGCAGGCACCACAGCAAUAUGUAGCUCCUGGAUUGAAAAAUCUCCGUUUGAAGAGUAAGAAAGGUGCACCGGACUUGAAAAAUGAAGAAUUCUUCCCGACACUGGGAGCAGAAGUUCCAGAUCCAACACGAAGCAAAAAAGAUUCCACCUUUGAGGAAGUGAAACAUGGUGGCCGUGUAAGACCAUCCGAUUUGCAAUCAGCAGCGCCGCUCUCCGUAGGCAACAGAUUUACAUCGCUAAGUAACGAUGCAAGCUAGAGUUCCGUAAUUUGCUACUAAUGUUUUAUUAUAUAAAGCCGGAACGUUUAUGCAGUCUGGUCCCGAUCAACUUCCCCUGGCGAUAGUGGACUAGUGUGUUAGGUUUUGUGUCUAUUUUUUCCAAUACGAAGUGGCGAAAUAUCCUGAAAAUGUGCUCCUUAGAAUGCUGUUUUUUGCAGAUUACAAAAGGGAAGUUUACUGAACUGCAAAAUACUUCGUCCAUAGCGAAAAGUUUCAAUUCAUGUCAGUAAAAUAGAUACAAGCAGCUUUAAGUUUCUAUAAUCUCAGAGUGCUGGAAACCAAUCGAAAAUGUUCGACAUGGACGAAGAUUAUAAACUAUGUACUGAUAUGAUAUAAUUCCCUAUAAAUGUUCUGUUGACGCUAUCGAUUAACAAUGAUUAAAUUAUGGAUUUAUGAGUAUUUGUUAUUCGAAACUGUAGUCCAAUAAUAAAUAAAACCUAUUGUGACAAACAUUCAUUCGGUUCAACAAUCUGUUCUUAUUUCUUGCAAUGCACAAAUAAUACAUUGGUUUUAUAUUCAAUAAACACUUCAAAAACAG